AAAGCCUACACAGUGCCUGAGCAUGCGCGCUGUGUCGUCAAAGUUCUCGACGCUACCCGUCACGUCAAACUUGACGGCAAGUAUAAACCUAAGAAAAACCGCACGAAAUUCAUUAAAAGUGAAAUCGAACGAGCAGAUCUUCAAUUCACUCGGUUUUUAGAUAAACCUAUUUCACAUCUGAAACGUAAACCGAUCAAACGAAAUAGGGAAUGGGUUGGCGGCUUCCGGUUAGCCAGAGCGAAAAGGGAUGUCAAGGUCGUGAAUCGUUCUUCCUACAACCUUGCCUCGCCUGGUGGCGACACAUUCUUCUCCAAGAUAGUCCGACAGACGGCCAAGACUAUUCGCAAAUUCAAGAAUAAGGAUGGUGGAACUCAGAAGGUGAGCCCGACAGAUGAAUCGAAUUUCAGUUGGCGUUCUGCGAUUCAGCGCAUCACACACAUCGGUAAGGAGGCCCGUGAGAUGGCAAAGCGCAGAAAAGCGCUAAAGAAGCGACUUCGAGCAAUGAUUGACAACACUCCGGACAAGUUUCAAGAUCCUAGAAAACCUCUGGCGAUGAAUCAGAUGGAAAUGGAAGAUGAAGAAUUAGCUUUGAAAAAGAAGAUAGGAAAGGAGAAAAAUGAAGAGAUUCGAGUUCCGAUGAGAUUACUCCGAGAGUCAAUCAAGAUUGCCUUGGUAGCAGCUGGCAAAAAUGUGACUAAUUUCGACAAGAAGACGCUCAAGAUAUUUUCACCUAGAUUUUUGAGCGUGGUACCUGAACAAGACACGGACGAUCUAUUCAAUCUGCUUUCGCCGUCACUGUUCUCAAUUCAUGAAGAAGGAAGCGACGUUGAGAAAAAAAUGUCGAUUCCAAAUUUGGUCAAAGCAUUGCCCAACAAAGACCAAGAAGCCUGGCUUGACUUUAUCGUCGAGGCAGCUGGUGUAACUGAUGCCAUUGAUAUGACAGAGAAGAAACAAGAGGAGAUACGAGAGAAGCAAACACGCGGACCUGAUGGCACACCUCUUUACUUUACCAAGAAAAACGUCACAGAAAUCCUUGGCAACACCGAAAAACGAAAAAUCGAAACAUUCGAAGAGCUCGACAGGCUCUACACAAAAUCACAGACCUUGAUAAGCAGGGAUAUAGCUUUCCUCACAACCAAGCAGUUAGAUGUAGUCUACGGGCCGAACUCACCGUAUAAUAAGUCAGAUACACACCAACGACUCCACAAACUUCUUCGGAUGCACGACGAUCCACACCACCUCAUUGAAAAAGACAUUCGUUUGAUGGCGGAAGCAAAGAAGUUUCAAGUACGUAAGAGGGACAUUGUGUUGUCGCCGAUUAUACUGACGUGGCUCACAUUUCAAAGUGCAACAUUAUCCAAUGCUUGGGUCGUGCUCUCACCACUCGUGCUCUCACCUAUCACACUCUCACCUGCCGUGCUCGGUCCGAUUAUUCUCUCACCUUGGGUGUUCGUCCCGUUGGUGCUCUCACCUCGUGUCUUGUCGCCGCUGAUUGUCAAUCCGCUGGUGUUCUCACCAAUUGUCCUCUCACCACUAGUGCUCCAUCCGCUGAUUCUCGUCCCUGGUGUGUUCAAUCCAAUCGUUCUUUCACCGCUUGUACUUUCGCCACUCAUUCUUUCGCCUCAGGUUUUCACUCCUAUUAUCCUCUCACCUCUGGUACUUAACCCUCUCAUUUAUAACCCUAUGGCUGGAUCACCUUUGGUGCUAUCACCGUUCGUUCUCUCGCCAAUCAUUUGUUCUCCACAGUACCUCUUCGCUGUAGUACUUUCUCCAUAUGCGCUUUCACCGCUCAUUCAGUCCAAACUCAUUGCAUCGGAAGUCGUCAUGUCACCUAGUUGGCUU